GUCAAAGUUGAAGGAAAUAACCAAAUUGUUUACUCCAGCAUGUUUAACAUGAUCGGGAUUUUAUAUCAAUAUUUCACUUUCUUUCAUCUUUCUCUAUACAUAUACACCGGACAAAGCCAGAUUUUUAGACAAAGGAUAUUUCUUCCGCGGUUCAGAACCUCCAUUUUCCAGAAAUAAAUUCAAGUUUUUCAGUUCAGGUUCAGCACAAAACACAACAGCUGUGUAUACUAUAGUUCAGCAAAAUCAAAAAUGGGUUUUCUAGAGCUUUUGGAAGCGGCUUCUAUGCCAGUUAUUCAAGUUCUGCUCAUUUGUGCAUUGGGAGCUUUUAUGGCUACUCACUAUUUCAAUAAUCUUCUUUCAUCAGAUUUUAGAAAAUCCUUAAACAAGGUUGUAUUCUUUAUAUUCACUCCUGCACUUGUGUUUUCAAGUUUUGCCAAGAGUGUUUCACUUGAAGACAUGAUAUCAUGGUGGUUUAUGCCUGUUAAUGUUGGACUCACAUUCUUAAUCGGAGGGAUUCUAGGAUGGAUACUAGUAAAGUUACUAAAGCCUAAUUUAAAAGUCGAAGGUCUUAUUAUUGCUGCAUGUUCAUCAGGAAACUUGGGAAACCUACCUAUUGUAAUUAUCCCUGCAAUAUGUAAUGAGAAAGGAGGUCCAUUUGGGGCACAUGAUGUUUGCCACAGUCAUGCACUCUCAUAUGCUUCUUUCUCUAUGGCACUUGGUGGUAUCUUCAUGUGGACCUAUACUUUUCAAACUAUAAGAAGCAGUUCAAUGAGAUUUAAGGCACUUGAGGCCACUCAGAUCAUAAAGGCGCCAAACAAAGAUCUUGAAGGAAAUGCACAUACUCCCCUUCUUAAGGGAAAAGACCAUGAAAACAGCGCGAUAGAAGUGGCGCCGUUGAGUUAUAUUGAAGACUCUGAAAGCCAAAUUAUUGUUCAACAAGAUCAGUUUGUUGUAUUGAAGAAGGAGAAUCAUUCAUUUCUCGUUAGAACGAUAGAAGUUCUACACGUUCUUGUAGCAGAACUACUGUCUCCACCAGCAAUUGCUACAUUUUUCGGUUUCCUUUUUGGCGCGGUGGCAUGGUUAAGAAACCUAAUAAUUGGAGUCAAUGCUCCAUUGAGUGUAAUCCAAGACACAGUCGUAUUACUCGGGAACGGAGCAAUUCCUUGCAUCACACUUUUACUUGGUGGUAACCUCACUCAAGGCUUCAAAUCAUCAAGUGUAAAACCAUUGACACUGAUCAGCAUCAUCGUAACUCGGCUUUUUGUGCUACCUCUUAUCGGAUUGUUUAUUGUUAAAGCCGCGGCAAAUUUCGGCCUUCUCCCGGUGGAUCCUUUGUUUCAGUAUACUCUAGUGAUGCAAUAUGCAAUGCCACCAGCAAUGAAUAUUAGUACUAUGGCGCAGCUGUUUGAUGUAGGAAAUGAAGAGUGUUCUGUUAUUAUGUUGUGGACAUAUGGUGCUGCAGCCAUAGCACUUACUGCUUGGUCAACAUUCCUCCUGUGGCUAUUUUCUAAUUAAUGUGCAUUGGUUACCCAGUUUUUGGACUUUGCGGCCAUCAUGAUGGUCGCAAAGGGAAAAAGAUCUCGGAUACAAUCAUUUUUCAAGAGAUCUAAAAUUUGUUUGGUUUAGUUUGAUUUUGAUGUUCAUGAUGUUAGUUAGCAAAAUAUGACAUUGUUUGAGUAUAAGUUUGAGUUUUCUAUAAAUAGCAAUAAAAAUAAUAAAAUUUAUUUUCA